GUUACGCUGGAUCCGUCUAGCUGCAGAGUACUCUCCGUGUAAUCAUCCCCAGGUACACGGCGCACAGGAAAUUCCGUGGGCAUCACUACCGGCGUGUUGUGAUCGGAAUAUCUCACGAUCGUUGACUUCCCGUCGUUGAACCAGCCAAUCACGUUCACUAUUAUUUCGAAUCCACAAGCUAAGCAAAGGCUGGAUCCUCACCCCUCCUAUCAGCUCCGCGCAGGCGUAGUCUAUGUCUCUCUGCUUUUUCCUGAAGGAUUCUUCAGUGGAUCCCUUCUUCUCCGGUUGCUCUCCUUUAAAGAACAAAUUUUUAAAUGCAAUUUUUUUUUCUUUCAAUGUUAAUGGUAUCUGCUGGUUUCGCUUGCUGUAUUAUGAAGCAUUGGCUUUUGACCAUAUUUCUGGAUGCUUGUUUCCAAAUAUGAUCAGGGCAUGUAGAAUAUAAAGCAGUGGCUCCGUGUCAUGAAAACGACAAAUUCUUUUCCAAACUGGGGAAUUAGUGAUCCUGGGAGUCAUAUUACUGCCCCUAGGAUAUCUAGCAUGAACAAAGGAAGUCCACAAAGAGUGGAUUUCGAGAUUGAUGGUGAUUUGAAUGGUGAGGUGCUGGUGGGAAGCUCUGCUAUAGAUGUUGAAAAUUCAAUUGUAGCAUUUCAGGAGCAACCUGAUGCUAAAAGCAACAAUGACCUUCCUGGAAGGGAUGUAAUAGUUUCAAUAGAAGAAGAAAAUGAAGAAGGACAAGAGGCAGAUACUACUGUGAGUAAUAAUUCAGUUGCAGAUGAGCCUUAUGUGGGUCAAGAGUUUGAAUCGGAAGCAGCUGCACAUGCUUUUUACAAUGCGUACGCAACUAGAGUGGGUUUCAUUAUUCGUGUCAGCAAGCUCUCUCGGUCUAGAAAAGAUGGUUCUGCCAUUGGUCGAGCACUUGUUUGCAACAAAGAGGGCUUCAGGAUGGCGGAUAGGCGGGAAAAGGUUGUGAGGCAAAGAGCAGAAACAAGGGUUGGGUGCAGGGCUAUGAUUUUAGUUAGAAAAGAUAUCUCUGGCAAAUGGCUUGUGACCAAAUUUGUGAAGGAACACACUCAUUCUUUAGCUCCUGGCAAAGGUCGUAGAGAGUCAAUCUAUGACCAAUUUCCGAAUGAACAUGAUAAAAUCAGGGAACUUUCUCAACAACUGGCAGCCGAAAAGAAGCGGUCAGCAACUUACAAAAGACACCUAGAAAUGUUAUUUGAGCAUAUUGAGGAGCACAACCAAUCCCUAUCAAAGAGAAUUCAAGAUAUCGUGGCCAAUGUAAGGGAGGUGGAGAGUAGAGACCAGCAGGAUCAUAGAUAGCUAGGCAUUAUCCUGCCAACACUUGUUUGGUUGUCCGAAUAGGGAAAGAAGUGAUCUCAAGAAUGCUCUUCAGGUGAAGCAAACAUCACAACUGUAGUGUCUUUUUGGUAUAAACUGUUUUUUUAUAUAUUUAUUCGGUAUAUGAUUUAGAAAGAGAAUCAAAUGCUAAGCUCCUGUAAUGUCCCAUUCUGUUUCAUCAUGUAUGUAAAAGAAAUCCGUGUAGUGUAGCAAUCAAAUUUCAUAGAAACAGGCUACCGAUAUUUAAUGAAAUUUGGAUCUCUAAUGAGAAUGGAAUCUUUAAUCUCUCACAUAAAUUUUUAUAUUUGAUGCCCUUGAUGUUAAACCA